GUACAUUGAAAUAUUGUAAAUUCUAUAACUUCAAACAGAAACCCAUUUAUACAGACAGACUUAACAGCUUUAGGUAGAUAUGGUCACUAGAAAUUCAAACUGCAAACAGACCUGUUGGAUAAAACAUGUAAUAAAUCUUUUUUCCCUAUCAGAAUACUGGAGUUAUAGUUGAAUAAGAUUUACACUUGCUAUGUUUGCUCAGUAUUUUCUAAUUGACAAACAGCAUUGACUUUUUACUCUCAGUAGUUAGCUUUUUUAACUUUUAUGGCACUAAUUAACUUAGAAAUAAAAAUUACGCCACCAGUAGGUAACUAUUUAUGCCCUUGCUCUAAGGCGACAGAAGUGAAAAAUCUGUGAUUUUCUUUUUCUUGAACAGAAUGAAUACAGUCUCGUACUUUUCCCACAAAAUGACCUUUGAUUAAAUUAUCAUUAAUUCGCAUCUUUUUACGCCCAUUGACGACCAACAACUCCAUAUCACACACUAGAGCGUAAAAUAUUGCCAUGCAUUUUUUCGCGUUUUCGCCCUUUUAGUUUUGCAAUUUAAUAGCAGCUCCAAGUUGUGUAUCUUUAUGUUUUCGACGUGAAACAACUGUAUUAACAUCGACGUAAAAAAACUGUAUUAACGUCGACGUAAAACAACUGUAAUAACGUUAACGUAAAACAACUAUAAUAACGUCGACGUAAAACAACUGUAUUAGCGUCGACGUAAAACAACUGUAAUAACGUCAACGUAAAACAACUGAAUAACGUCGACGUAAAACAACUGUAAUAACGUCAACGUAAAACAACUGUAUCAUUUUGGUGUUCUAAUAAAAGAAACUUGAGUUAAAAGUCUUAUAUUCUGAUUACACAUUGCCUAUACACGUACUUAUUUUUGUAAUCAACUGGACUUUUGACUGAGUACUUGAGUUGCUUAAAAUCUAUCUUGUUUCUAUUUUUAGGAGAGUUAACAAGAAUUCUCCUAAUAAUGCUUGCUAUAAAAUUCCUGUAAUACCCAUAAAGCAAAUGAAUAUUUAGUUUAAAAGCAGGAUUAGGAAAGGAGAUAAAAGCAACACAUAACAGCACUGAUGAAGAAAAUGUUUGACGCAUUAGCGAGUGUGAAAAAGAGAUGAAAAAAGCAUAUGAUAAACUGACUGAAGAAAUUUCAAACUGUGAAGAAGACAAGACAAGUCUUGAUAACAUGGAUUUCCUUGACGACAUUGGUGACUUCUUCUUUUCUGACAACAGAAAGAGGCGCAAAGCUUAUAAAAAAUCUAUUCAAGGUACGAUUGACUUGUAUGAAGAUUCAAAACAAUUGGCAAACGAUAAUCAAAAUCAUCUGGUAUGCAUAAAAGCAUUGGUCAGGGAAUUCCAGUGUUCCUUUUUUAUGGCUUUGAAUUUUGUGGAGAUUAGGUUAGGAAUAACACUGCCAAACCCUUUGAAAAAAUCCAUUGUUUCGGCGCUGCUUUUAGUCCUUGGGACAGUCAUUGGAAUUGCAAUGACAUAUAUUUCAUAUGUCAAUGAAGUUUUGAAUGGUGUUGUUACGAUCUGUGUUUUCGUCAUAAUAGAAGAGAUUCUGAUGGUGACAGCAGGUAUAAUGCGAGGCUAUGAACGAAAAAAAUGCUUCGAAGAAGGAACGAAAGCAUACAACAAGAAAAUGAAAGUGAUUCGCAGAAAGGUUUAUGAACCUUUGCAAGAAAUGUUGAAACAACUGGAAUCGUGGUAUAAAGAUCAAUUAGUCAGUGUCUUUUCAGAUACGUCAUUCCGAUCUGACCUUCAUACUGUUCAGACGUCUUUUUGCCGCGCAAAAAAAGGGCGUCGCCUGUGUCAAAAAACUCAUUUUAACUUUAAAGAACUAAAGACUUGAAUAUGUCCACCAACACAAGCCCCAUCAGUAUCAACCUAAGGAGUAAUGUAAGAGCCAAGACCACCAACACAACCAACAACAACACGAAAAGUGAAAUGCUCCCGGAAGAAUCCUCAUCCAACUUGGCAAUCACACAAGACUUCCUUAUUGAGCAGAUCUCUAACCUCAAAGAAUAUUUCAAAAACGGACUAUUGCAACAAAAAAAUGAUAUCGUUGAACAACUAAGAACUGAAAAUAAAGUUUUAAGAGAUGAAAUUGAUGCAAUGAAAGAGAAAAAUCAAGAAAAAGAUAAAUUCAUGCUGGAAUUGGAAAAAGACGUGAUUAAUCUCCAACAGUACGUCCGACGGAACAAUGUUGAGAUUUGUGGUAUACCUAAUUCUAUUGACCAAGAUGAGCUUCAAGAUAAAGUCAUUGAGAUUGCUAAGGCUAUAGGUGUUGAAUUUUCUGAAAGCGAUGUUGAAGCAUGCCACCGCCUUUACGCUAGAGAAAACGAAACUAAGAAGACGAUUGUACGCUUCGUUAACAAAAAAAACUGCGACCUUUUACAUGCAAAUAAAUUCAAGUUAAAAGAUUCGAACUCGAAAACUAAAAAGAAAUUGCGAGAAAUUGGUCUGAAAGGAAAUAUUUUUAUUAAUUUUAAUCUAUCCCCGUACAUGAAGUUCCUGUGGGGCAAAUGUAAGAGACUUCAUUCAAAGAAGAUGAUCAAUCGUUUUUGGGUUUUUAAUGGAAAUCUCUUCAUCGUUGUUGAAGAAAAUGAUCAGAAAAUUAAGAUAGAUCACUUUGAUAAACUUUCUGGCCUAUUUCCAACUUUCAACUUUAACGCUGAUGCCGAAUAAAUUUUUUCGAUUCUCCACGCUUACUAAUAUUUUUAGUAUAAUUACCAACUAGGAAAAUUUUUUGUUAGUACGAUCUAUAAUUGAUUUCUAAUAUGGCGGCGAAGAUGUGCUAAAAUUAGUCUGAUGCUCAUGCAGUUAUUUAUGUGAGUUCUUUGGCUUCCCUCUCAAACGCGCAAACUAAGAAUUAGUAAGUUUUUUUGUGGUAUAUGCAGUGAAUUGAUUAGGGCAAAUUCUAACUGUAUUUUUUGUGAUUUUUGUAAACUUUGGGUUCACCCAAGUUGUAACUUGCUUAAUUCUAAUGACUUCAAAAAACUCACCAAGGAUAACUCAGAUGAGGCAUGGUCGUGUUUAAAGUGUAAUUCUGAAAUUUUUCCAUUCCAGAGUGACAAUACACCUCUGUUUGAGGCACAAAAAAGUCAGAUUUUUUCUGACGUUAACUCUCAUAUUGAAACCUCUUUUUCAAAUAAUGUUGAUGAUGAAGAUGAACGGUUUACUAAUUGUAAAUACUAUGAAU